AUGUGCAAAUGGGAAGUGACUAAAACCGCCGCAGCCUGGUUUCAUCCGUCCUGCCUGUCCUCGCUGCUUCUCCUGCUCAUACUCGCAUCUUCAGCCUGUCUGCCCGUCGCUUGCCACGAUGCCCGCUCCCACAGGGCGGCCAACUCUUCGGUGUCGUCUUCGUCCGUCCUCGUGGUGGGCCGACACGUUCGCAGCUACAACCACCUCACGGGGGACGUGCGGCGUCGGAAGCUCUUCUCCUACCAGAAGUUUUUUCUCAGGAUUGAUAAGAACGGCACGGUUAACGGCACCAAGAGCAAAGACGAUCCGUUCAGUAUACUCGAAAUCAAAUCGGUGGAAGUUGGGAUUGUGGCAAUCAGGGGCCUCGACAGCAACUACUUUCUUGCAAUUAAUAAAAAAGGCGUGGUGUAUGGAGCGAAGGAGUUUGGCGACGACUGCCAGCUGAUAGAAAGGAUCGAGGAAAACCGGUACAACACGUACGCCUCGGCCAAAUGGAGGAACAAAAAAAAGCCCAUGUUUGUAGGCCUGAGUGCCAACGGCAAACCAAUGAGGGCCAAAAAGACUCGGAGAAAAAACACUGCCACACACUUUCUGCCUAUUCCCAUUCCAUAG